GCGAGGGUCAACCCGCCGCAGCACAAGCUGGUGGACUGAGCAGUCGCAACCCGGAGGGUUGCGGGUGCUGUGGAGGCCGGCUUCCGUGUUCCCGCAGUGUCGUCCGCUUCUGCGUCCCUGGGGCCGCCCGGAGCCCACUCCUCAGGCCUGGGCGCCUGAGGCCGUGUCGCCAUGGACUUCUCCAAGUUCCUGGCCGACGACUUCGACGUGAAAGAGUGGAUCAAUGCGGCCUUCAGGGCUGGCCCGAAGGAGACGGCGGCCGGGAAGGCGGACGGCCACGCAGCCACCCUGGUGAUGAAGCUGCAGCUGUUCAUCCAGGAGGUGAACCACGCCGUGGAGGAAACAAGUCACCAGGCCCUUCAGAACAUGCCCAAAGUGCUCCGUGAUGUUGAAGCUCUGAAGCAGGAGGCAUCUUUUCUAAAAGAGCAGAUGAUUCUUGUCAAGGAGGACAUUAAGAAAUUUGAGCAGGACACAUCGCAGUCGAUGCAGGUAUUGGUGGAAAUCGACCAGGUGAAGUCCCGGAUGCAGCUUGCUGCUGAAUCUCUUCAGGAAGCAGACAAGUGGAGCACGCUGAGUGCUGAUAUUGAGGAGACAUUUAAGACCCAAGACAUCACUGUGAUUUCUGCCAAGCUAACCGGCAUGCAGAACAGCUUAACGAUGCUUGUUGAUACUCCAGACUACUCAGAAAAAUGUGUGCACUUAGAGGCCUUGAAGAACAGGCUGGAGGCCCUGGCCAGUCCCCAGAUUGUAGCUGCCUUCACUUCUCAGUCUGUAGAUCAGUCCAAAAUGUUUGUGAAGGUUUUUACUGAAAUUGACCGGAUGCCUCAGCUCCUUGCAUACUAUUACAAGUGUCACAAGGUGCAGCUUUUAGCAGCCUGGCAAGAGCUGUGCCAGAGUGACCUACCCCUGGACCGCCAGCUUACUGGCCUCUAUGACGCCUUGCUUGCUGCUUGGCACACGCAAAUCCAGUGGGCUACACAGGUUUUCAAGAACCCUCACGAGGUUGUGACAGUGCUGCUGAUUCAGACCCUGGGGGCCUUAGUGCCCUCGCUGCCCAUCUGCCUCAGCGCUGGCGUGGAGAGGGCUGGGCCCGAGCUGGAGCUCACCAAACUGCUGGAGUUCUACGACACCACCGCCCACUUUGCCAAGGGCUUGGAGAUGGCGCUGCUCCCCCACCUACAGGAGCACAACCUGGUGAAAGUCGUGGAGCUGGUGGAUGCCGUGUACGGUCCCUAUAGACCCUACCAGCUGAAGUACGGGGAGAUGGAGGAGAGCAACCUCCUCAUCCAGAUCAGCGCCGUGCCCUUGGAGCAUGGGGAAGUGAUUGACUGUGUGCAGGAGCUGAGCCACUCUGUGAACAAGCUCUUUGGUCUAGCAUCUGCCGCUGUUGACAGAUGUGCCAGAUUCACUAACGGCUUGGGGACCUGCGGCCUGCUGUCAGCCCUGAAAUCCCUCUUUGCCAAGUACGUGUCUGAUUUCACCAAUGCCCUCCAGUCCAUACGAAAGAAAUGCAAACUGGACGAUAUUCCUCCCAACUCCCUUUUUCAAGAGGAUUGGACAGCUUUUCAGAACUCCAUUAGGAUCAUAGCCACCUGUGGAGAGCUCCUGCGGCAGUGUGGGGACUUUGAGCAGCAGCUCGCCAACAGGAUUUUGUCCACAGCGGGGAAGUAUCUGUCUGACUCCUACAGCCCACGGAGCCUGGCUGGUUUUCAGGAUAGCAUCUUGACAGACAAGAAGAGCUCUGCCAAGAACCCAUGGCAGGAAUAUAAUUACCUGCAGAAAGAGAACCCUGCCGAGUAUACCAGCUUAAUGGAAACGCUUUAUACCCUCAAGGAAAAAGGGUCCAGUAAUCACAACCUGCUGGCUGCGUCUCGGGCAGCCCUGACUCGGCUCAACCAGCAGGCUCACCAGCUGGCCUUCGAUUCCGUUUUCCUGCGCAUCAAACAGCAACUGCUGCUCGUUUCCAAGAUGGACAGCUGGACCACAGCCGGCAUUGGGGAGACCCUGACGGAUGACUUGCCUGCCUUCAGUCUCACCCCUCUAGAGUACAUCAGCAACAUUGGGCAGUACAUCAUGUCCCUGCCCCUGAAUCUUGAGCCAUUUGUGACUCAGGAGGACUCUGCCUUAGAGCUGGCCUUGCACGCUGGAAAGCUACCAUUUCCUCCUGAGCAAGGGGAUGAACUGCCGGAGCUGGACAACAUGGCGGACAACUGGCUGGGCUCCAUCGCCAGGGCCACGAUGCAGACCUACUGUGACGUGAUCCUCCAGAUCCCAGAGCUGACCCCGCACUCAGCCAAGCAGCUGGCCACCGACAUUGACUAUUUGAUCAACGUGAUGGACGCCCUGGGUCUGCAGCCGUCCCGCACCCUCCAGAACAUCGGAACGCUCUUGAAGGCCAAGCCUGAGGACUACAGACAGGUCGGCAAGGGCCUGCCGCGCCGCCUUGGUGCCACGGUGGCCGCCAUGCGGGGUGUGGAUUACUGAGCCCACGGGCCCAUCGGGCUGGUGUUCUGGGGGCACCGCAGCCCUCCAGAGCGGCUCCCCCUCAAAAUCUGCCAGCAGUUGGGCCCAGUUUGCUUUAAAAAGACUUGGUUCUUUUGUAUAAUCAACAAAGUUAUAAAUGAGAGGUUUAUUAUUUAUUAGAAAGGACUCUUCAGAUGAUUUUUCAAAUGAUCUCACUUUACAAAUGGACUUAAUAAAUAAAACGAAAGCAG